UCUGGAUGUGUUCGCACGUUUUUACGGCAUGCAAAUAACCCCUGGUUUGUGAGAAUUUCGCGACGCGUUGCCACAAAAUAAACCAAAUCAAGUAAAUAGCUUAACAAUUUGGCUACCGAAGGGUGGCGUCGUUCUAGUAGACGUGUGUGCAAGGGGUGAACCCAAUUGUACGGUGACAGGUGUUUGAAAUAGUGUUUACAAUUGAAUGAAAUAUGAAAUUAAAUAAUUCCAUAUAAAAACAAAAUCAACGCAAAGUGAUUUAUAUGAUUCGAGCGUAGAUUUCAAACGCAGUGAUGCUAAGUGUGCUCUUUAAGUGGUUAUUUGUGAGUACAUUGAUUUGCCGCCUGCGACGAAUGCUGAUUUGGCGCUGAAGAACCAGUGAUUUUCGUGAGUGCAGUGCCAACUAAGCUGUGACAGUAACGGCGGAGACAGAGUCUGUCAUUAACUUGGAAAUAAAAAAAAAUCAUCUAAGAAGUAUUACGGUGAAAAUAAUAAGUAGCAAAGUUACAUACAUAUACUAUAUGUAUGUAUGCAAAUAGUGAAAAUGUUUAUUUGCCUGAAUUCAGUCAAGGUUGAAAAUACAACGUCCCAACGUUAAAGGGGAGGUACGCAAAGUACUCAGCGCUGCAUUCUAGUGCACAUGCUUUUAGCUUGCCGGGUCACCAUCAGGGAAGUAAAUGGCGGAACUGCUGAAGUGAUGAAUGUAUAAAACUCAUUACCGUAGAACCAAUGACCAGGCCCAAUCAUGCAUAUCGGAGUGCAGAAUCUAAUUAAUAUUGUCGGUCGGUGCAUCACAUGUGCAAACAACAAUAACAACAUAAAGAGCGGCAAGCACGAGCGCGCCGUUAAGUGUACAUUGAGUGUGCUUUAAUUAUACCUCUCCAACACUGUGCUGCCUGCCGAGCCAACGGAACCAAGUACACGCUGCGGAUAACCGCCGGAAGAAGUUAGGGCGGAUGAGGGGUGCAGCUGCAAUGUGCUAUGUAUUUUCCAGUUUAUGCGGCACAAUGACCGACUUGAUACGGAUACUACUUCCAUUAAGGGCCGCACAAAUUAGCCCGUUGAAGCAACUGACGGCUUAAAUGCACUUUGGAUCGGGCUUUCGUUCCCGUCUUCAAUACCGAGAAGUGAAUUGUUUAUAUAAAAAUCGCAUACAAUUGAUUAGCGGCGGCGUUCGAUGAAAUUUUAUAAGACACUUUCUUCCGGACGUAAGCGGCGGCGUAAUUUAUAUUUGAAAUUUGUCUAACGUUUUAAAACAGAGAACGGUCAGUUUAACCUCGUUCGGCAUCAGGCGGCAAGCUGAUUUACUGAGCGUGCGCACAUAAAUAACAGCAAAAACAAAUAGGUAACAGUAACUGCUGUAUAGGAAGAUGGUAUCGUUGGCGGAAAUUAACACCACAGCUGCGAUGACGCCGAGCGACCGCAGCGACCCAGUGUCGGAUGACUACUUCCGGCUGUACGAUGUUGGCGCCGACGGUGAUGACGAUGGCAUCGUUAUAAAUGGCAGUGGUGAUGACCACAGCGAGGAGCUGGAAAACAUUAUUGUGGGCAUUUGGAAUUCAUUUGACAGCUCUAACUCAACCGGCAGCGAAGCGACGAAUGUGACCUCAAUGAACUCGCCUACGAUGACCCACCACAACAUCACAUUUACCGAUGAUGCCAACAAUACGUUCUAUACAUGGACAUCUGCAACGAUUGAAUCGUACACCGACUUGGAUUUCCACUCAUCUUCUGUAUUUGUUGCUUCUAAUUCAACGCCGCCUACAGUUGGAAAAGCAGCGAACGGAAAUGGAAUUGAAAAUGAAGGUGGGUGGUCGGUGGAUGGCUGUCAUGAUACCGCUGAGGGCGCGCUUGAUAACUGCACUACACCAACAAAUGGUUUGUUAGACAUUGCCCUUAGAACAACGGGACGGAGUCGAAUGGCUGUUGGUGAGGGAGAGGACGAUAUCAACUUUGCUUUGAUCGAUAGUGCGGAAACGGCUUUGGGCGGUGACAGUGAUUACGAAACAGUAGAGGGCUUUAAUGGUGGCGGCAACGCCGAGGAAGUCGGGCGCCUGGCGGUCGAAGGUACCGAUUUUAUACGACAUUCGGCCGCAUUAGACAGUUUCGGUUCGAAGAGAAACGAAACUUAUUACCCGAGUUUCGACGGUGGCGGGACGAGUGUGUCGACGGCGGGUAAGGGAGUAGCUGGUGGGGCGGGCGAUAAGAGCGGUAGCUCAUUUAUGCUGCUGCUUGAAGACUUUGGCGAUUAUUUUUUUAAUUUUAACGGUACCGGCAGCGGGGUCGGUGACGGCGUCGCGUUUUCGGAUACACAAACUACAAUAAGCUCUUUAAAUGCAACCGAUGUAAUUAUUCGAACUAAUUGCUCAAACAUAACGGACCUGUGUGUCGUGCCAAAUGAUGAAGUUCCUCCGAAUUAUUGGGCGCUUACGUUGAUGGUGUUUCCUUUGCUGACAUUGUUCGGCAAUAUUUUAGUGAUCCUUUCAGUGUGCCGCGAACGAUCCUUACAAACGGUUACGAAUUAUUUUAUCGUGUCAUUGGCAAUAGCCGAUCUACUAGUUGCUGUCGUGGUGAUGCCGUUUGCGGUUUAUGUUCUGGUGAAUAGAGGACACUGGAACCUACCGGCGUUCAUAUGUGAUUUUUAUAUAGCUAUGGAUGUGAUAUGUUCAACUUCAUCGAUCUUCAAUCUAGUGGCGAUAUCGAUAGAUCGAUAUAUAGCUGUGACGCGUCCCAUAGAAUAUGCGAAACACAGAAACAGUCCACGUGUCUGCCUCACCAUCCUACUCGCCUGGGCAAUAUCAGCGGCUAUCGGUCUACCCAUAGUUAUGGGCCUCAACAAUACGCCUAAUCGAGACCCGGGGCUUUGUGUAUUCUAUAACAACUUGUUCAUACUAUGCUCUUCAUUAAGCAGUUUCUACAUUCCCUGCAUAAUUAUGGUUUUUCUAUACUGGAAUAUCUUCAGGGCACUGAGUAUGCGAGCUAAAAAGCAACGCGCCGCACGGCGGCCGCACCUAUCGGAGCUGACGGGUGGCAGCGUCAUUGAGAAUGUGGCACAAACGCGCAGGCUGGCUGAAACGGCGCUGGGCAGCGACAGGCAUGCGGUCCGCAUAAUUCCUGACGAGCCGGCGACAAACACAGCGUCGGGCUCGAACGAGGAGGAGGAGGAUCCCGGCGGUGGUGCCAUAUCACCGGACAUCGACGAUUGCCAUGUCAUCGUCAAUGACAAAUCCACAGAAUUUAUGCUUGCCACCGUGGUGGAGGAGACUGGCAUUGUUGUAGCCCAGAUCAGCAGUCCGCCACAACUUGUGGUGGCCGAUCCAAAUGGUAAUCAUGAUUCUGGUUAUGCACCCUCAAACGUUGACGAUGUCCUUGCAGGCGCAGCCGCCGAUUCGUCGCCGCCGGAUAGCCCGGAGCCCAGUGGGACGUACAAACGAUCCAGUGUGAGUAGCAGUAGACGCAACACCGCCACCGGUGAUUCACCCGUCAAACGGGAGCCCUCGCUCAGUGUUGCAAUGAAGCCGCUGUCUUUUGUCCGCUGCGGGGUGCAAGAAGCAAUGACACUGGCUCGCAACGACUCCACACUCUCGGCAGCGUCGAAAAGCUCAUCGCGUAAGGACAAGAAAAAUUCACAAGCCUCGAGGUUCACGAUAUACAAAGUUCACAAAGCUUCGAAGAAAAAGCGCGAAAAGUCGUCGGCGAAGAAGGAACAAAAAGCCACCAAAACCCUAGCCAUCGUUCUGGGUGUUUUCUUGGUUUGCUGGGUGCCAUUCUUCACGUGCAAUGUCGCGGAUGCCAUCUGUGCCAUGCUCGACAUUGACUGGCGACCAGGCGUCACCGCCUUCAUACUCACCACCUGGUUGGGCUACAUCAACAGUUUCGUUAAUCCCAUCAUCUAUACGAUCUUCAAUCCCGAGUUCCGCAAAGCAUUCAAGAAAAUCAUGCACAUGGGGUGAUUAACAUCAUCGCUGAUCGGAACAGUAAACGCGAGGGUAAGAUGUAACGAGCACAAAUACUUUUUGAUAAUAGCAAUGGCACAAGCGUGCAACAUGUAUCUUCGUAAUAAUAGCAAUAACAACAAAUAUAAUAACAUUCGCAUUGCUCGUAGCUACUUCGCGAUUUUAUAGACGACAACAAGCCACGCAUGUAACAAAAAUAACAACAAAAACUUUUAAAUAUAGACACAUGUAAUAAUUAUAAUAACCUUAGAGUAACGGUAGUAAAAAGUUAAGAGCGCCAAAUGAAAUUGCAAACUUUUGCGCCAUCUUAAUUGCUGCCUACAUUUACUAAAUCGAUAAGAAUAUAAAUAUGAAACUGAAAAUAUUUAUAUGUACAGCUGAGAACUUAGUAAGUGUAGUGCCUCUAGCUGUAAAGAGAAAUAUCAUUGAGUAAUUGUGGACCAUUGUGCAUAAUUGUAUGUAUGUACAUAUAUAAAAGUCUCUUCCGCUUAACUUUAACGUAAUUAGUUUGUAAAUAUAUCUAAAUGAUAAUAAAUUUCACAAUAUGGCAUAUAUAGAGCGAAAGAGUGAGAGAAUAAAGCAAUCGCAAACAAAUCAGUUCUAGAGUUUAUCCUGAAUGUGUAUAAAAAAUUGUUAAUUUUUUAAAUUUUUUGAAAAAAGAAUAUUCCCUCUUCAAUUACGUUAUGAAAAAAAUUAUUUGUGGUAAGAUACAAAUUAAAACAUCGCAUACAAUUUCAAACAUAAGUAGAUUUAAUUGGUUCAGUCAGGUUUUGGCUUUCAAAUGGCGCUUAGAUAAUUUGCUAAUUGACUCAAUUAAGGCGCAGUAUAAAACGCUUUGACACCAAUUACUAUUCUUAUGCAUAUAUUAUUCUUGAACAAUAAAUUAUAAUGUAGCAGAAAAUAAUAACUCUUCAUAUCAAGCGUGGGUAUUCAAAUUACAAAGUAUAUAGAUAUAUAUAUUAUUUGUACUUCUUUUUGAGAGCUUUAGCAAUCAUUUUGCUUAGUAUAUUCUGCCAUAUUGUAUAUAGUACUCAUAUAUGCAUUAACAUACAUAUAACCGACAUGAAAUUGCUUUCCCUACUUAGCGCUAUAGUAUUAAGAAGAAACGUUAUUUUCCAAAAGAGUAAUACACCAAGAGGGCAUAAGCACAUAAGUAAGUACUUAAGAGUUAGGUAAUCAAAUUUCACAAGCUAGUAAACACUAUAAAUAUCGAGCCAGAUUUCUAGUCUCAUUUAAAUUUCUCAUUCAAGUCGAACAUAUCACCAGACCAACUAACAAUGAAUUUCGUAUAAACUCGAAUACAAACCAACGAUUGUUUCACAUAUCUAGAAAACGGGCGAUGCUUUGAACAAUAAAAAACAAUUAUCGAAAUGAAAUUUUGUAAAAUCGGUUUUCUAAAUGGCUUGUAAAUUUUUAAUAUAGCACUAAAUAGGCUUUAAUUCUUAACUGCAGCAGGAAAGCGCUGGUUUUCAAAACAGCACUAGUUAAGUGUAAUAAAUGAAAAUUAUGAAAACAUAGAAAAUGCGAAACCACAAAAAGAAGUCCCUUCAAAGCGUUUCGUAUCUCUAGUUAGAGAAAAACUCGCUUUAUAUCUCCGAAAGACAUUGCCAGAUUUUCAAAAACCAUGAAAAAUCUGCCACUCUUUCGGAGCAUUAAAAUGACAAAGCAAAAAUGAGCCCCACUACGAGACAUUUGCGGCCAUUUCUUUGCGCGGUUUCAUAAUUGAGUAUUGAAUUAUGAAUAAUUGAAAAACUCGUAAUGAAAGCAAUUAGCAGAACUUAGCUACUUAAUAAGGCCGACUAAGUGCAAAAUCUAUAUAUCAUAACAGAUGGAAUUAAAUUAGUUGAGUUAACAAUGAAUGAAGCAACAAUUAAUCUAAAUGAAUAAUCAAAACUCAUAAAAUUAUCAGGGUACUCAACUAAAUCAAAUCAAAUAAACGUAAUUAACAAAUUAACCGUUAAACUAAGUGUAAAUAUAGUUAAGUUGAAAUUAACAAAGAGUUAGAAAGAGUUAGAGUAUCGAAUAAAAGAUGUACAGUUAAUUGGUAAGUGUGUAUGUAGCUAAUUCCAAUGCCGCUACAAAAGGCAAACAUAGAAUUUGUUCAGUUUUAAUGACCGUCCUCUUAAUUGUUUCUAUGCGACAAAUAAUUAAUUAUACACAAACAACAAAUACAUAUAUAGUAUAUAGUAUAUACUCAAUGCAACUAAAUACUAAAUGAAGUUGUCUAACUAUAAGAAAGCCAGAAAUCUCGUUUGAGAAAAUGUAAUAAAAAAACAAUAACUGCAAUGAAAGUGUAGAGGCGAGAGAGUAGCGUGUAAAAUGCUCAACACUUUUGUACUUUCCUAUAAUUUUGUUACGCGAUUGCAUAAAUCAAUUUACGGUAUUUGUGUUUAGACUUACAACUACUUAGACAUACAGAGUUAUUAGCGUAUUUUGCAUAUGCAAAUGUAAGCACUAAAGUGACAAAAUAGUUAAUCGAUUAACUCUAAAUAGACUUAAGGCCCACACCCAGUUACGUACCUUGCAAACACACACACACACAAACACUGUGUGCGUGUAUGUAAAUACAACUGCAUUUGAGCUCAUUACAAGUACAUAUAUGUAUAUAGAGACCUACAUACAUUCUUAUCUAUAUAUAUAUAUAUAUAUGCAUACAUAUAAGAAAUGUGCAUUGCGGUGAGUAGCAUAAAUUCUUCCAAAAGAGACGCUUAUUAAAUUUAAAUAUGUUAAUUGAUUGUAAUUAAUUAUUAAAUUAUGUAUAUUUAACACAAAUAUAAACUCAUUUAACAUAUGUAUGUGUGUGUAGUUGAGUUGUGUUUGUGCGCAACUUUUUCCAAUGAUUAAGUGCUGUUUUACUCGAAUUACACAAACAAUUACAGAAAAACAUGAAAAAAAUGAAAUGAAAAAUUAUUUCGCUUCACACACACACAUAAAACACAACAAAGAAGGCUUUAUAACACACAUACAGGCAGACAUAUACACAGCCAGGCGCGUUUUUCCUUACUCGCUUAAUAUAUAUGAUGGUAUGGCACGCGAUUUUGACUGUCUCAUACACACCUAAAACACAAACACAACAUACAUAUGUACAAUGUAUAUUCAUAAUAGUAGAAUCGUUGAAACAAAAACUACAAAGUAUGUUUUAAGCAAAAUGAGCGCAGGGUAUUAGAAAUAUUAUUGUUUAUAAAUAAGUUUGAAUUUGUUAAAAAAAAUACAAAAACAAAAUACAACAUGUUGCAAUGCUAUGUUAAGGAUUCUGAAAUAUUUAUUAAGUAACAAUGGUAUGGAAUAUUGUAAUCCCAUUAAUAAAUUUAAAUUCAUUAUCAAAA